CUCUACCUACCGUAGCUUGACAAUCCUUCUUGCGAUCUCCUCAAUGGACUCGCGGUCCUCUUGCUGAACCAGUGGUCCAAGGCAUCUGCAUUGCCGGUUCACGGCCCCAAAAGUCGUGGCAUGGACAUGCACCAUGAACGCCGAGAUCCCAUUGCAUCGGAGCUGUCUGGAUAGAAGAUGGCGAGCAGUGGAGGACUGACCUCAACCCCCUUGGGUCAGAACCCGGGUUUCAAUUGGAUCUUUUUGGUUGAGCUACUUCUCUGCGGCAUCUUAACUCUCUUCUUCCUGUUUUAUUUCAAUCGAGUCUUUGCGACCCUCGUCUCCUACGGUUUGCGAGCUUGGACGUGGCAUAGAUACCGCGUGUACAUCGACAUCAAAGCCCUCCAGAUCUCCCUUCUGGGUGGAAGAAUAUUCUUUACGGGCUUCAGAUAUUAUGGCAACAAUGAGACUAUUCUGAUCCACAAUGGAUAUAUUACAUGGUGCUAUUGGCUCAGGAAUGUCAGGGAGCUGGAUCUUAGAAAGUCUCCAGUCGUGGGCACUAAGCGCGUUUCUUCGCCAGAUUCCGAAGACGAGAUUCGCAACAGGACAAACAAUAGCGCAGAAGAAGGUGGCCCGAAGAGCCCUGCGAAGCUUCCAUGCCGUCUCAAUGUCACGUUGAACGGUGUGGAGUGGUUCGUUUACAACAGAAGCGCUGCCUAUGAUGCUAUUGUUGCCGGCCUGACAAGAGAUGAUAAUGGAAGCAUUGACAACGAUCCAAAAGCUGCAGGAGAUGCAGAGCUUGAUGGGGUGUUGCGAAAGAGAGGCAAGCGGAAGGAUCCGGAGAAAAGUGUAGAAUCGUCCAAGGAUACGUCCCUCGACCUGGAGAAGGACGAUUCUCCGCUGACAAAAAAGACAAGCCUGGGUGCCUAUGACCGUGACCGCCAAGAUUCAUCUUCAGCGUCGCAGACUGAAGAAAGUGAAAGUUAUGCACGGCCUCACACGAGUCCGGAGGGCGCCUUUAUCCUCCGUUUCCUACCUGUGCAUGUCGACUGUGAGAAGGCUGCCGUCGUCCUCGGAAACGAAAAUACAAAGAGCGUACUCAUCACAAAAGUCGACAGGGCCAGUGGGGAGAUUGAUGCAACGAAGUCUACAACAUUGGACCAGUACAAACAGUUGAUCAACUUCAAAUUCCAGCAUCCGGUAGUUCAGAUGAAACCGAAUGAUGACUACAAAGAAGAUCAAACUACAGCUGCCUCUCGCAUUAAGCGUGGGGAUGCGGAGCAGACCGAUUGCAGAGGACGUCAUAUCCACAGCCAUUCCUUCUUUUAUCGGCAGCGUCGGAAAGCGUGGCACAGACUGCAAGAUCUGGUGCCCGCUUUCCAAAGUUCCGUGGAAUCGAUAUCAUCCAGCGUAUUGGGCCGCCCUCAAACACCUACCGAUGGCGGACCUGGCUCACAUAACUGGCAAGGCCUUUCUAGAUACCUUGAUGAGAGCGAACAGGAUGAUAAAGAUCGCUGGUCUACCAUAGAGUACGCCACAGUAUCCACUAUCGUCGAUAGUCCCGAAGCCAGUAUGAGCUUCUACUGGGAUGUUGUCGGGGUAGUUCAAGUCCAAACAUCCCAGGCCGAGGGCAAGAAAGGUAAAGAAGCCGCAAAUAUAAAUGGCGACACUCCCCCAGAAUGGGGAAUCGAUUUGUUCUUGAAAGGUGCUAUCAUCAACUAUGGGCCUUGGGCCGAUAGACAACGUGCUGAUAUCCAGCGGGUUUUCUUUCCAAGCCUGUGCAAAGAUUCAAGCCCAAGCAAGGACCUUGUUCCAGGACAGUUCAGGGUACCCACAGAAUUCAAAUUAUAUGUGGAGUUUGAUGAAGAGACUACCCUCCGUGUCCCCGUCAGGGAAGAAUCGAAGAAUUGGAAGUGGGUAAAACAAGCAGAUACCAUGGGCGCUAAAGUUGGGGAUCAGAAAAAGAACAGCAAAAGUAGCCGCAAAAGAAAAGCCGACAAAGGAAAGCCUGGUCCUGAGAUUCGGCCCUUCGGGUGGCUCGAUGUCAAAGUUGGGGCCAACGCAACUGUUAGAUAUUCCAUGGACAUGGUUGCAGGGCCUCCUGGAUAUUCAAACAAGCUCGAAUUGGACCUCCCCAACACGGAAAUCACCACAAGUGUCAAUCACGGGCUACUUUGGAGAUCUGUUGCCAAUCGAAUAUCUUGUGAUCUGUCAAAUCCACUGUCAUGGAACAGUCUUCGGACUUGGAAGUUUGAUGUCAACAGCAAUGGACUAGAACUCUUUAUCUUACGAGAGCAUGUAUUCUUGCUCAUAGAUCUUGUUGAUGAUUGGGCUAGUGGUCCUCCACCAGAGUAUCUAACUUUUACCCCAUUCAAUUAUCUGGUCAACCUCCACUUAGAAGGCUUCAGAUUGUAUCUGAAUGUGAACGACUCGAACAUCAUCAACAAUCCGUCUGAUUUUGACGACAACACGUUUAUCAUCAUUUUUGGUUCCGUUCUGGAUGCUGAUGUUUGCAUCCCAUUGAGCACUUACCGGCCAUAUCGAAACGAUAUAACAUUCAAUGUUGAUGCAAAACAAGGCGGGCUUAAUCUCCACAUUCCUCCGUGGAACACUCAAGCAACUUUUUUGAGUUCAACAGAAUUGGCGACACUGAAAGAGCUUGCAAUUCAAGGGAAGUACCAGUAUUGCUCCACUACCACGACUAGCAACACCGAUACCUUACUGCUGAAUGUUCACGGGCAUGCUACUUCUGCACAAUUUUACGGCUUUGUCAUUCGGUACUUUCUCAAGAUCAAAGACAAUUACUUUGGUGAUGACAUAAGAUUCAAGACGCUGGAGGAGUAUCAGGAUGUCCUCCGCGCAAAGCGUGACGGCAACGAGGAGAUAGUCAACCCUCAACCUCCACAUAAAAAGUCCAAUGAUUUGGAUGUGAUUCUGAGCGUUACUGCGGAUGAAUCUAGCGUCAUUCUCCCAUGCAACUUAUACUCUGCUAAGAAUCAUACUCGAAUUGAGAUUGCAAGCCUUGCUGCCGAUCUGAGGUUUACAAACUACUACAUGGACGUGGAAUUCAUACUGCAGACAUUAGCCUUCUCCCAGGGCAGCGAAGAAGAUGGAACUGCAACACCCUUAAGUGCGACAUCCAGCACUCAGCUCUUUGUGGACGGGUUCAGUGUUACUGGCAACCGGCUAUUUGGCUUGCCUCCAACAGAGCCAACUUAUCUUUGCAACUGGGAUUUCGCUGUGGGCUCCGUGACUGGUGAAUGCACAACGGAUUUCUUGGGUCGAUUGGCAAACGGUGGGAGAGCAUUUGCAUUUUCAUUUGAUGAUGACGAGAAUGCACUUCCUCCGCUUUUUGAAGCUGUCUUGCAUGAUAUAACAUUCCUCAGAGCAUCCGUCGAAUCACUUCGGGUAUGGCUGCAUGUGGACGAGGCCGCGUUCCUUCUUUCAACGUCGACUAUAUCGGUGAACUUCAAUGAUUGGGCUGGUUCACACUAUUCGAAGAAACUCAAUCUUCAGAUACCUGACCUAUGCUUUGGCUGUGUUGACGCAGAAUCCGCGUCAAGACACAGGUCAAGAACACAGCACCCAGUUGAAACCCAUGCUUUCAUCAAGACAACACUGUCGCUUGGGAUGAUUCAGAGAAAACUCGGGUUUGAAACGGACCGCCAGCUUCAACAAGAGCACGUUAAACGUCAUGAUCAGCGGACGCAUAGAACCGACUUCCUACUUCAUUACGAUCUCCUCGACGACUCCAUGAUUGUUCCAGUAGAUCCACCUGCCAUGAGCGUGCCGCCAAUGCCCCUCCCAGUCGUUCAGGAUGGCACAACCUGUGCCGAGAAUCGCUCAAUGAGCUCCAAGAAAUCAUCCCUGCGCCAGAAACGGAGUUCUGUGGCUCGGAAAAGCUCCUUCCUCUCCAUUUCGAGUUCGAGCCAGAAAAGUGAGGGCAGUGUCGUUCGUCCACAGAGCUCCCUGAGAAUGAGUGGCUCUCAGACUGCUGAAUCCCGCUCGCGCAGUUUGCAAACUAGUGCUGGCCCCGGGCGCCGGAUCCCUCUAAGGGACGUAUCUGCUGCCUCAACGGGUCGACAGUCCUCUUUUUAUAGUGCUGUUGGGGAGCAUCGGGGAUUGCCACCAUCGACUGUUACAUUUUCCAGCUCAUACAUUGCCCCCUAUUUCCCCUUAGAGGCGGUGGAGCCCGACAGAAGAGAUCUUCCGGACCUUCCCGCGGAUCUGGGGGACGAAGGCUUUUCAAGAGAAAACCUGCUCAGUCUGGACGACAUCCAGCGCGAUAGAGACGACGAAAACGCCACUCACGUUAGCUUUAUUCUCGAGUUGCCGACAGGUAUCACGGGAGUUUUCAAUCCAAAAGCUGCUCAUGCAAUUGCAGGAUUGGUCUCAGCGCUGCAAGCAGUCGAUCCAAGUGACCUUCUCGACGAGCUUCAAAUCAACUCUAUGGGAGAAAUAUUUCGCUCGCAGAAGGAGAAGCUACUCGCGGGCAAAGUGAUGGAUUUCUGUGUCCGCGCACCCGCCAUCAAUCUACGCUUCUUAAACUCCACGAGCCCCGGAAGCCCAACAAGUGUCCAUCCGAAUACGCAUGAUCAGUAUGACUUUGCUCUAUCCAGGCUUGCGAUCACGUCAAGGUCAGAAACGCUUGCGGUCGGGGAUGGGGGAACUACGGAAGGAGUCCGAAAUUCUGAUGUGCUGCAUUUAUCACUCGGCUCGGCAAGUCUUGCAGCUAAGGAACGCUACAACGAUAUAGAAGACCCACAAGCGGCGAUAAAUGCAGUCCUUGAGGACGUUAUCUUCUGGAAUGCAGCAGGUGAACAAACCUUAGUCAACGCCUUCUUCAAAGGCCUCGAGGUUGCUACUGCAAGUAGCAAGGUUGAGUAUCUUGCAUCAUUGUUACAUCGUACAGAAGUCCUAGGAAGCGAACUUGCUGAGACGUUCUCUUCCCGGAUAGAACAACAGCGUAACCGCAUGCAACUUUUUACAUACCUCGUUGCUACCGCCGGACAGGACGCUCCGGAUCCCCAAUUUUUAACCAGGCCUUCCUAUGUCCUCCGAUCAGCCAAUGACCACUUGAGAACAAGUGACUCUUGGAAAAUCAUCACUCGGCUUCACCACAUGUAUGCCAGUCUCAGUCCCGCAAUUCAACAAGAUAUAGCCUUGCGAUGUUUGAGUAAUUCGGAAAUUGUCCCUGGAGAUGCACGAGAACGCGUUUAUACUGGCUUUGCACAAUGGAGAAGCUGGGAUCUAAACAACAUCCACGAAUGUCUUGUGAUGGCAAAGGUUUAUGGAUCAACCGCCGACAGUAAUCCAUCGACACCGCUGGCGCAGCCCGUCAAAUUGUCACUCGCAACCGAAGAUAUUCGACUAGUACUGGAUCCAGGCCCAAAGCAGAACGAGAUAGCACUGUCGGGCGUUAGUGUAACUUUAGAAACCCGGACAUCAACGUCGAUUGCAGAUAUUGACCCGCAAACACACGCACACACUGUUCAAACCACGAUUCUGCAGAUCUUCUGUCAUGAUGUCUCAAUCAACCUCAAUUGGGAGUUGUGUGAAUUGGCUGAGGAUAUCAUGAAAUUGUAUAACCAAAGCGAGUUGCCGUCGGCUCCACGAACUGCAAAACCCCAAUUCCUUGCCAAGUCAUUGUCUGCAGGACCCAAGCCUAGGAAAUGCUUGCAAAUUCUUGUGGCUACCGAGAAAGGCUCCAUCACAAUCGACACCAUCAACCUUAGAGCAACAUCAAUCAGCAAAGGACUAAAAGGAUCUUUUGUCAUGCUUGACCAAGAGACUGGCAAUACGGAAAGAAUGUCUACCUUGGUACUUGCCGCCGACGCUGCUACGUCAAAGGUCAAAAGCCACUCGCAAGAAUUGACGCUGUACCAAUUACGAUACCCGAGUAUUUGUGCUUCUCGCGAGUCCUACAUUCUCAACGAGUCUCCAAUGAACAUCCUAAAAUUUGCUGGCAAUUGUCAACAGUUAUCAUUUGUUGUUCGACAAGACAUCCUAGCUUUGAUCGAAGUGCUGGACCUCGUUGUUGGGGAUGAAGUUAACCAGCUCCAUCGCCUCACGAAGAACGUUCCAACGGGGACGCAAAAUCAACCGCAGACAGAAGUACAUAUCCAAAAGCCUAGCCCAGGAACCAAAGUCAACAUUGCCCUCUUCCUAGAUAUGUAUCACAUCAGCCUGCCACUUCUACACUCUCUAACGUAUAAUGUGUCGGGCGUUGUAGCCAGGGCAUCGGUUGCGGCUCAGCUAGACUCAGAGAUAGUGUUUGAUUUCGAUGUGAAGGAGCACUCCCAUGAUAUUCAAACUCGUGUUGCCAACCAGGCGAAAAGCAUCUCGCUUCUUCAAAUGCCACCAACUAAUGGUCGGGUCUCCUACAAUAUGGCCGAGGAUGAAGAUGUAAUCACUGUCUUCGCUUCGGUUGAGCCGGUUGAGCUGGAUGCUGCCGCUGUUCAUAGCCUUCUCACGGCCCUCAACAGGCCCGAGAUUUCUAGUGUGAUAACUGAAGUACAAGAAGAUCUCAAGGGUGUUCAAACCCACCUCGAAGGAAUAUUUGGUCCGAAAAAGAAACAAUCAUCGCCAACACCAGCAUCCAAAGGAAAACCCUUCAUAUACGAUGCCCAUCUGACCCUGGCUGGCUUUGAUGUCUUUGCCAACGCACAAGGGGCUCAAACAGAUCAGAAGAGCGCAAGAUUGGACUUCAACCUCGGAUGUGUACAAUUAGUAGCUGGUAAUCGUCCAGAGCCCAAUGGCCAAGUCCUAGGCUUCCCAGAAUUACGAGUCAGCCUGCGCCAUAUCAUGUUUGAGCUUUCUCGUUUGAACAAUAACACGAUGGAACCUUGCGGCAAUCUCGCCUUUGCUGCAUUUCUCACAGCCACUUCAAAACAAAAUGAAAAGGGGGACGUGGUUAGAUCCUUUCAUCUCCAGAGCGAUAGCCUCGAAAUCAACCUCUUCGCAGACACCGCGUCAUCAGUGGUUGAUAUUGUAGGUCACCUUCAAGAAAAGAUCAAAGAUCUCGACCUCUCCAGAGAGAAGAAGUAUUUGAGCAAGCUGCGGAAGUCGAAACCUCGCAUAGCAAUCAACGACGCCGACAUGCAAGAGGGAAGUGAUAAUAGCGCACCCGGCUCAACCAUAAUAUUUUCUUCCAUGUACUCCUUAGAACUGGACAAUAUUCAAGUCAGCUGGCUUGUGGGCACAUAUGACAUCAACCAAUCCUCACAACAAGAAAGAGAGAAUCUUGUCUUGUCUUUAAAGCGCAUCCAUCUGUCGACAAGAAAGGAGAAUUCGGCCAGGUUGACAAUUGAAGAUCUUCAAUUACAGAUGGUCCCGGCAUCUCACGAUAAGACUCAAAGAUCACUCAACUCGGCUCUGCUUCCGGAAGUCAUCUUUAAUGUUGGUUAUGUUUCUACUGCAGAUGCACGGCGGCUGGCUUUCCAGGCGGCUGGAAAGUCCCUUGAUUUGCGCUUGACCUCUCAAUUUAUAAUACCUGCGGCAGAACUCAAAAGGUCAAUUGCUUCUGCCGCUGACAAGGUUCAAGCAGCAGCAGCAACAUGGAGCACCCGAGCACCUGGACCGCCAACAGAAUCAAGCCGCCGUCAACCCUUCUUUGGCACAAAGCGAAUGGAAUCUCUGCUCGUCGAUGCGGAUUUUGCAGGUGCGGUUGUGUAUCUCUCCGGGAAACGGGUGCCAGAAACCUCGAAUACAACUUCCGGAAUCCAAAGCGGCAGAGCUUCGCAGGGAGGAAAAUAUGGCCAAUUUACACACACAGAUGCUAGCAGUAACACCGUCCUACGAGCACCAGGACUAGCUUGGAAAGUCGAAUACAAAGACAACGGGCUCGAUGAUCCUUCCUUGAACGCCGAAGUCAAGGUGGAUGCUUCAUCAAACAUCUUGUACCCAUCGGUAGUGCCACUCAUCAUGGAAAUUUCUUCAACAGUCAAAGAGAUCGUCAGCGAGGACGAUGUCAAGAAGCCUUUGCAACCAAAAGCGUCACCACAAAAGUUCAUGAGCGUAGACGAGGACAACAUAUUGACGACUGAUCCUAGCACAGUGCUUGGUAGAACAAGACUUAAUCUUGGCCUCCGUAUUUGUCGUCAAGAAUUCAGUCUAAGUUGCCAACCCAUAGCUCGAGUUGCAGCAACAGCUCGGUUUGACGAUAUCUACAUCACAAUCAAUACAGUCAGGUCAACCGAGCACGGCCAUUUCUUCGCCAUCUCAGCAGCGUUCACGAGUCUCCAGGCAUCUGUUCAGCAUGUUUACUCACGGGAAUCAACUGGAAGCUUCGAGGUCGAAACGGUAUUCCUCUCGUUGAUGAACAGCAAGCAUGUUAGCGGCACGAGUGGCGUUUCAGCAAUCCUGAAGAUAAGUCCAAUGAAAGUCUUGGUGAACGCAAAGCAAUUACAAGAUUUUCUGCUUUUCCGAGAGAUAUGGGUCCCACCGGAGAUACGUCAGACUGCGUCGACUCCGGCACCACCAAGUUCAAGUUUACAAUCACAGACUUACCUUGUUCAGAGGUAUCAGCAAGUUGCAGCCACUGGGGCAUUUCCUUGGAACGCGACGGUCUCAAUCGCGGAACUAGAUGUUCAGUUAGAUCUGGGGCAAGCGAUUGGAAAGUCAGCUUUCAUGAUCUCAAAUUUCUGGAUUUCGUCGAAGAAGAAUUCAGACUGGCAACAAAACCUUUGUUUAGGCUUCCAAAAAGUUGGUGUUGACAGCACCGGUCGGAUGAGUGGAUUCGUAGCUCUCCAAGACUUCAAGAUGCGAACAUCAAUUCAAUGGCCUGCACGUGAAAUGGCCUUGAACCAGACACCUCUCGUCCAAGGCUCCUUGGCAUUCAGCCAAUUGCGGAUCAAAGCUGCUUUCGACUAUCAGGCAUUUUUGGUUGCCGAUAUAACAUCAUUCAGAUUUAUGAUGUAUAACAUCAGGAAUAGUGCUCACGCGAAGGGCGAUCAACUCGUUGCAAUUCUUGAUGGCGAAGCUGUACAAGUCUUCUGCACCACAACCACUGCAUCCCAAGCACUUGCAUUAUAUCAAGCUUUCCAGCGACUGGUCCAGGAGAAGAGGACAAACUACGAGACUUCACUCACGGAAAUCGAGAAGUUUAUGAAGCGCAAAUCUGUGGCCCAUCCAGCCUCACCUCCAGCCCAGCGAACACUAGAAACCGUACAUGAAGACAAGGUUGCAAAGUCUCCCAUCUCCCUCCACACCGAUGUACUGGUCACCCUCAAUGCGGUAAAUAUGGGGGUUUUCCCGAAUACCUUCUCUGACCACCAGGUUUUCAAGCUUGAAGCUCUGAAUGCGCAAGCUCGAUUUGCCGUGACCAUGGACAACGGGAAGAUUCACAGCAUCUUAGGUCUCACGCUUGGGCAACUUCGAAUUGGUCUUGCAGGAGUCAAGAAACCGGACCUACCGAAAUCCGUUGGCGACAUGUCAGUUGAGGAUGUUGUCGCCAGUGCCACCGGCUCGCGUGGUGGAACCAUUCUCAAGGUGCCGAAGGUUGAAGCAACCAUGCAAACUUGGCAAGUUCCCGGUUCAAAUCACAUCGAUUAUAUCUUCAAGAGCUCCUUUGAAGGCAAGGUGGAGGUUGGCUGGAAUUAUUCUCGGAUCAGCUAUAUUCGCGGCAUGUGGGCUUCGCACUCCAAGGCUUUGGCUCAAAGACUAGGAAAGCCUCUUCCUCCAUCUGCAGUCAAGAUUACAGGCGUCCCAGACGAGGAGAGCAGGAAAGAAGGCGAGCAGCAGAAAAUUACUGCCGAGGUCAACGUGCCCCAGUCAAAGUAUGAUUAUACGGCAUUGGAACCACCUAUCAUUGAAACGCCUCAGCUGAGGGAUAUGGGUGAAGCUACGCCACCAUUGGAAUGGAUAGGACUUCAUCGUGAUAGACUACCUAACCUGACUCACCAGAUUGUGAUUGUGACUCUGCUGGAAGUGGCCAGCGAGGUGGAAGAUGCUUAUGGGAAGAUCUUAGGAUCCUCUUGAUUCAUCUCUAUUGUACAUAUGACGAUUCGUGUAUUUAGCAGAGCAGAGCAGAGCAGAGCAUCGGAGUUGGGGAUGGCAAAGCACACGCCGGGUCAUUGGUCGAGGCGUUUUCUUGCCUUUCCCCCGGGUAAAAGGAGUGUCCGUAUACUUAAUUCAUAAGCACCUUCCAUGGUCU